AUGAACGUAUUCAAUAGCAGCAGUCAUCCACCAACCUGGUUUCUUGUUGGGGGAAUGAUUGUGGCUGCGACGAAUGCUGUCGGCGCCGCAUCCCUGCGUGGUGUCGAUCCCCGCAUCGUUAACGGGAAUCCUGCAUCCUCGCCGUAUCCAUCCUUCGGUUUCUUCGAAGUUGGGUGCGGUUCCAGUAUUGUUGCGCCAGACAUGGUGCUUACGGCUGCUCACUGCGACCACUCUGAUGUUUUAUAUCGCCGGCUGUGGUUUGGUUCCACAGAGCUGCGAGAAGGGAAAGUCCGGACUGCGGUUGAGAGAUUCGUCCAUCCCAACUAUCACGACAGCAAACUUGGUGGGUCGGGGGCCUACGAUUUUAUGCUCCUGAAGCUGAACGCUUCCAUUUUGGUGCAGAAUGACGGUGUAACUCCCACGAAUUUGGAGCCAAUAGUGCUGAAUGAUAAUCCCUCCAAUCCUGCCCCGAAUGAUCAGGUGCUUGCGAUCGGCCAUGGGCGAAAUCACCGCGACGCGCUCGCCUUGGAGGAAAACCUUCUCGAGCUGACACUCUUCACUUACGAUAACCUCGUUUGCCAGGACAUCUACGACCAGCUUGCCUCUACAUCCACCCUGAUGGUUGUUCCAGAAUCUAUGUUCUGUGCUGGACAAGGACCUCAAGGUUUCGGUGGUACUUGCAACGGAGAUUCGGGGGGUCCUGUGGUGGAUGCUUCAGGUGUGCAAGUGGGCGUGGUCAGUUGGGGUGCUUCAUGCACUCAUGGGUACCCCAGUGUGUUUGGGCGUGUCAGCUCUGCCCAUGACUGGAUGAUUGCAACAAUUUGUGAGAAUACUUGUUUUCCUGACCCAGUUCUGUGUUCAGACAUAGCCAACUUGCACCCAUGUGCUUCCAAGCUGGACACAAGCACACUGCCCACUGGCAAUGUAAACUUCACCUUGUCAAUUGUUUCCGACAUGUACCCUGAUGAAAUCGGAUUCUUGUUGGAACAUGUUGACCUGGGCAUGGAGGUCUUUUUCCAGCCUUAUGAGACCUAUUCCUAUUCUGAUGUGGCUGGGCUUCGCUCUGGGGAAGAGUUUAUUAUUCGGCACCGAUGGAAAAACCUUCCAGGGGGCACCUACCACCUCAUCUUGGGAGACAACGACCAUGAUGGCAUUUGCUAUGGCUAUUCAAAUUGUCUGAACCAAGAAAACGUCAUGUUGAGUUCCGAAUCAGGCGAGACCAUCUGGUCUCACAAUGGCCGAUACUUUAGUGGGACCGACAUUUAUGUGAGGUUUGAUGCAGACGGCAAUGUUCUCUGGGUCUCUGAGUAUGAACUUGGCUCUUCUGAACCAACACCAUCACCCACCAUAGCUCCAGCAAUACCGGAAGACACAGGCUAUCCAGGGGAGUUUCCUGAUGACCCAUUCGAGGUGACGCUCAAUGUGUACUAUGACAGCUGGUUACCAGAGACUUGGUGGACGUUCCAGAAGUUAGACAUGGAUAUUGGUCUUCCAUGGUCCAGCAUUGAUCGGGCUGGCGUUGAGUGGAUGACAGAACGGCAGAAUGCAACCGAGACAUGGACAACCAUUUCAAUGGGACCAGAAGGGUUGGAAGUCCCCGGUUCACUGAACAGCUACACACAGCCUGGGCUGGAGCCGGGAUCGGUGUAUCGUUUUGAGUUUCAUGAUUCCUUUGGGGACGGAAUAUACACCUGGGGAGCAACAAUCACCAAUUCGUCUGCCUCUCUUGACUAUUCCGAUGGCACUGUGCUCUGGGCGCUACCACAUGACUUUUCUGCAUAUUCUAAAGCUCAUAUUUGGGUUGAUAGCGAUGGGAACGCACAAGCCAUCGACUACAUCAAGGUUCCGGUGGCUUCCAGCUAUAUAGCAGAUUCAUGUGAUCAGACGAGUUUGGCAAGCCAAGAAGGUCGGUACAUGUGUGAAGAUGUCUGCGCCAGGGGGAGGUGCUGCUGGGACACAACCGCAGGGGCACGCUGUAACGAAUACCAACCGACUUGCUGGGGUUACGCUUUGUGCGGCAAUCUUCUUUAA